UCGCUCUCCUCCUCCUCUCUCUCUUUCUCUCUCUCUCUCCUUUUCUCUUGCGCUUGCACGGAGUGAGAGGGGCAUCGGGAAGGGAAGAAUGAGGAAGAAGUCGGCUGUGCUGCGCGCCUCGUCCCAACAAAUGCGGGUUUGCUGAUGAAGCUCCGCUCCGGUUAUCCGAUCAUACAGGUCUUACACGUCCCGCUGCAUGGAAACGAAGAGUAGGCAACAACCGAAAACAACAGCAACAAAUAAUAAGCUGUCAGUGCAUGGGAAUCCGGACACCUCUCCCUCUCUUUUGUGCGUCUCGCUGUGUGGAUACGCUGCCUUGGCUGGCGUAUAAGAGCUCCCUGCGUCUCCAUUACCAUUCUCCACUACUGGCUUACCUCUACUUCUCCUCCUCCUCCUGGUUCUGCUACUAGUAGAGCUUUAGUCCUGCUUUUACUACUGACUGCCUUCUCCAGAUUGUGGACACUCUGGAUAAACAGGUUUGAUAUCCUCAUAAAUCGUCACCUAACGGUGCUGGUUUGGACGUCAUCAUGGGUCGCUGGGAUCACUCAUCCCUCCUGUCCCCUGCCCUGAGGGUAGCAGUCUUCACGGUGAUCAUCCUCCUAAAGCUCGAUCCCUCUUUGGCCGGCACUCUGCCUGAGCAGAGUUUCGAUGGCUCCGUUUUAGCGGUGUCCACCAACAAAACGGAAUGCAGCAUGGCUGAGCCAUGCGCCAAAGGGGUGGUCCUUCCUAUUUGGGAGCCUCAGAACCCGUCAUUUGGUGACAAAGUUGCCCGGGCAACAGUUUAUUUUGUGGCUUUAGUCUACAUGUUCCUUGGCGUGUCGAUCAUUGCAGACCGUUUCAUGGCAUCGAUAGAAGUCAUCACGUCUCAAGAAAAGGAGAUCACUAUAAAGAAGCCCAAUGGAGAAACCACCACCACCACCGUUCGGAUCUGGAACGAGACCGUCUCCAAUCUCACCCUCAUGGCUCUGGGCUCGUCGGCUCCUGAGAUCCUGCUGUCCGUCAUAGAGGUCAUAGGUCACGGGUUUGAAGCUGGCACACUGGGCCCCGCCACCAUUGUGGGUUCUGCGGCAUUCAACAUGUUCGUCAUCAUCGGGCUUUGUGUGUACGUUGUUCCCGACGGCGAGACGAGGAAGGUCAAGCACCUCCGCGUGUUCUUCGUCACGGCCACCUGGAGUAUCUUCGCCUACAUCUGGCUCUACCUGAUCCUGUCCGUGAUCUCUCCCGGCGUGGUGCAGGUGUGGGAGGGGCUGCUCACCUUCUUCUUCUUCCCCAUAUGUGUGCUGUUCGCCUGGGUGGCCGACCGCCGCCUGCUGUUCUACAAGUAUGUGUACAAGCGCUACCGCACUGGAAAGCAGCGUGGCAUGAUCAUCGAGACCGAGGGAGACCGCCCACUUCCUUCCAAGGUGGACAUUGAGAUGGAUGGGAAGAUGCUGAACUCUCAUGGUGUUGACUUCCUGGAUGGACCAUUGGGUUUGGAUAUAGAUGAGAAAGAUCUGGAUGAAGACGAGACCCGCAGAGACAUGGCCAAGAUCCUGAAAGAGCUCAAACAGAAACACCCUGACAAGGAGGUGGAACAACUCAUUGAGCUUGCCAACUACCAAGUCCUGAGCCAGCAGCAGAAGAGCCGCGCUUUCUACCGAUGCCAGGCCACCCGGCUGAUGACAGGCGCUGGAAACAUCCUGAAGAAACACGCCGCUGAUCAGGCCCGAAAAGCCGUCAGUAUGCACGAGGUUCGCUCUGAUAUCGGUGAUAACGACCCCAUCUCCAAGCUCUUCUUUGACCCCAGUUCUUACCAGUGCCUUGAGAACUGUGGCACAGUGGCGGUGACCGUGGUGCGACGCGGUGGCGAUUUGGGCAAAACCAUUUCUGUGGACUACCGUACAGAAGACGGCACGGCCAACGCUGGCUCGGACUACGAGUUCACCGAGGGCAUGGUGGUCUUCAAGGCUGGUGAGACGAUGAAGGAGAUCCGUGUGGGGAUCAUCGACGACGACAUCUUUGAAGAGGAUGAGAACUUCCUGAUCCACCUAACCAAUGUCAGGAUGUUGACAUCAGAGGGCGAGGAGCCAGAGGAAGGCGAGUCGGCGAAUCACGUGGAAACAAUGGCGUGUCUCGGCCUUCCCGCAACGGCGACCGUUACCAUCUUUGACGACGACCACGCAGGUAUCUUUACGUUUGAGGAGCCGGUAUUCCACGUGAGCGAGAGCGUUGGCACCAUGGAGGUCAAGGUGCUGAGAACGUCAGGAGCCCGCGGCGUGGUAACGCUGCCGUACAAGACGGUGGAGGGAACAGCACGAGGUGGCGGAGAGGACUUCGAAGACAUUCACGGUGUCCUGGAGUUCCAGAACGACGAGAUCUUUAAAAUCAUCAAGGUGAGAGUAAUCGACGACGAGGAGUACGAGAAGAACAAAACCUUCUACUUAGAGAUCUCAGGGCCUCGCCUGGUGGGGAGCAACGACACCAAAGAGGAACAGCUGAAGGAAGUGGAGGAGGAUGAAGAGGCGCUGGCAGGAAAAGAUGAAGACGAUCAGCGCGUUGCUGACAUGGGCCGACCCAUGCUGGGAGACCACGUCAAACUGGAAGUCAUCAUCGAGGAAUCGUAUGAGUUCAAGAACACGGUGGACAAGCUGAUAAAGAAGACCAACCUGGCUCUGCUGGUGGGAACCAACAGCUGGAGAGACCAGUUCAUAGAGGCCAUCACUGUGAGCGCAGGUGAGGAUGAUGACGAUGACGAGUGCGGGGAGGAGAAGCUGCCGUCAUGUUUCGACUACGUGAUGCACUUCCUCACCGUGUUCUGGAAGGUUCUGUUCGCCUUUGUCCCGCCCACAGACUACUGGAACGGCUGGGCUUGCUUCGUGGUCUCCAUCUGUAUGAUCGGCCUGCUGACCGCCGUCAUUGGAGACCUGGCCUCUCACUUUGGCUGCACAGUCGGCCUCAAGGACUCCGUCACAGCAGUAGUGUUUGUGGCACUGGGCACCUCUGUACCAGAUACCUUUGCCAGUAAGGUGGCUGCUACCCAGGAUCAGUAUGCAGAUGCAUCCAUUGGAAAUGUGACAGGCUCUAAUGCUGUCAAUGUUUUCCUCGGCAUCGGGGUGGCGUGGUCCAUCGCAGCCAUUUACCAUAACAGCAGAGGGGAGGAGUUCAGGGUGGAUCCGGGCCAGCUGGCCUUUUCCGUCACGCUCUUCACUAUCUUUGCCUUUAUCGCCGUCGGCACGCUAAUGUACCGACGGCGGCCAGAUAUCGGUGGAGAGCUCGGAGGGCCCCGGACGGCGAAGGUCCUGACCACCAUGCUGUUCUUCAGCCUGUGGCUCCUCUACAUCCUCUUCUCCUCACUGGAGGCCUACUGCCACAUCAAGGGCUUCUAAGAUGACAAGAGAUGACGAAAGGGAAGGGUGGGACAGGAGGAGAACACGGAAGAAGUGGAGGAGGAUGAACGUAUGGAUUUGGAAAUGAUGGCUGUCUCAUUGAUCUAUCACUCCCUCCCUUUACGCAAGACUGAAUGCCAGAUGAAUGGAUGGAUGUACAGAUGAAGAAAUGAAAGAGGCAUUAAAGUAUCUAUAAACAUACCUGAAGGAAAUACGGAUGCAUGGAAGGGCAACGACAAACAGGAAAAUCAAAGGAGCGAGAGAGAUAGCUCAGAAAAUAGAAGAAUCGCAGAAUACACUUAAGAAGAAGUUUUUUUGUCUUGAUCUAUAAUCCAAACCAAUCAAGUUGUCUUAAACCCAAACCCAUUUCAAAUACAUAAAACCAAACCCAAAACACCUACAAUGUGUCACUGCUGGAUUGACCAUACAGAAGCGAAGAAAAUGAGGUUCAACAAAACAAGGAGGGUUAAAGAAGACCAAUCUCACAGCUCCUCGGAUAUGUGGCUUUAACAACAGAAAUCCCAUUAAUCCCCUCCAGUCGGAGCGAUGCUAUUCCCCCGUCCAAUUAGAGUAACAGGCUUGAGUGUGACCGGAAAGGACAGACUAACUUUAUCAGUAUGAACAUGCAUGGACAGACAAUACUGGAAACACAAUCAGAAGAAACCGGAUGUAUUGCCACAACUGUUUAAUGACAACAAACUGUGCGUGCUGGUGUGUGACUGUGUUUCUGUGCUUGUGUGCUGUGGGAAGAUGGUCAAGUACUGUGAAAAAAAACGCCUCUCUUUUUGCUGUCGCUGCGUGAGACUGAAUAUGCUUUCGUAUUCAAGGUCUUUUUGACUCCCACUCUCCCAGCCUGUAGAAUUGCUGACUCUUUUUGCGGGAGGCCGCGUUUAAGAUAUGAAAUGUUUUGAACACCGCUGAGAGCUGAGCGUACAUUGCAGCUCCACAAUUUUCCUUCUGAAUGUCUUGGUUACGCCAUGCGCUCUCGAACAGGCCAUCUUUCUGUUGCUUUAUACAGUAGGUGUAAAUGAUUUAAGGUCUAAUAUGAAUCAAGAAAGGGUUAGUGUGCUUUUACCUUUAAAAGGCCGUGUCUGAGAAGACAAAAUGGCCGCUUUACCGUUUAAAACUGUUAGAGAAACUAUAAUCAUUGCAUAAAUAUCUCGGUAAAUCUUGUGUGUUUUCGUUGGGGUUUUCUUAAACUGUGGAAUUCUUUUACAUGAUUUUCCACCUAUGAGAUUCCCGCCAUCAUGUGUCAAUUGUAACAUUGCAAAAGACUUUCAAAAGUAGGUACUGCCCUCUGUGAUACUCAUAGUUUGCUUAACUGCCUCCGCCAUUGUUUUUCUAACUUUGAUGCCGCUUUCCCAUUGGUUCACUCAAACGCUUGUGUCGUUAUCCCUGUGUGUCUUAAGCACCUCCCCCUGGCUGGUCAGUGGACCAAUCAAAAUCCUCAAGGGCUUUGUAAGAAACAACCACUAAUCUGUUACCCUGACCCUUGAUGUAUUAUUCUUCACCUAGAUUGGUCUUUUGGGGGCAAUUUAACAGGGAUUUGUAUUCCAUAGCAUUAUACACCACCUGCUCAGAUGUUAGGACCUAUCUUCAGCGUAUCUUAAAAAAAAGACUGCAUGAAAAAUUAAUUGAGAAUAAAAGGUUGUCCGACCAAGUUAGCUACAUUUUGGCAAAAGCGACCCAAUGAUCCAAAGUUCUCUGUCGGACAAGACUUGUCCCAGUUCAUUACAAAGACUUCCUAUAUAUUGUACCUUAUUCCAAAUUAACUCACAUCUUCUUUUCCAGGCUGCCUCCACACUAACUCUUAAAGAUAAUACUAUACUUCAGGUAUGUGGAUCAUGCAGGCCUAAAUCCAAAGGAAUUAAUAAACAUCUGAGUUUAUAUUUUGUCUCUUUUUUCAAAGCAAUGCGUUUGCUCUUGACUGAAGAAACAUAAUGUAAUUCAAUGAUUCAUGCCGGCUUGGAAACCAACUCUUAAGCCGUCAGAUAAAGGAAUAGAUAAAAACCUAUUAGCUAUUGUUGAAGAAGUAGGCUUACUCACAGAUACAAAUAAAUACUUUUGCUUAGGGUACAUCUAAUCUCCGACACCUAGAUUCUGUUGAACCAGCUCACAGACUUUUGAAGACAACUCUUUAGCAAAUAAAAUAGGAUAAUGAUAUUAUAAAUAUGCCAAGCUUAUUUGAAAUCCCUAUUCAAGUGGGCUCGCUAGUUAAGAUGUAACAAUUAAACUGCAGAUAUCAACAGACUUACAAACUGGGAAUCUUUAAUCGGUUAUGGAAAGACAAUUAAAAUAUGUCCAGAAGUGUGUGUAGAAAAUAAUACUUCUAGGCUGUCAACUGGCAGAGAGGUUUACACUUUAGACUGUUAACAAUUUUACCCUAAAACCACAGAGAUCUAAACGUUCACAAAACGUACUGUUUACCUAAGGCACUCAAAAAGUCCAUAGUUUGUUGAAUGGCACUAUAUGCAUCUAAAUUGGCCAGAAUUUUCCUGCUGAUGUUGUGUUUUUUACUUGAUGUAUAAUAUAAUAGUUAGUAUUUUAAUUGUCAUCUGUAACGUAGGUAGUCUGGGCUAAAUGUUAUCCUUUAAAUCUUGGCAAAAAAUCUUGUCGCGGACAACUUAAUCGCCUGUGAGAAAGAAGAGCCCUGGAUUGGAUGAGUUUGGCAAAGCCACACUAUCUUGAGUAGAUUUUAUAUAAAGAUGGUCUUGGUUUUGUAACCUGAUCACCAAAUGAUGCGUGGAGAAUCAUCCCAGAACGGAAAUCUGGCCAAACUCUAAAAAAAGACUCUGUAGUAUGCAGACUUUUGUUAUUUGCAGCACCAUUGUUGCACAUUUUCAAAACAACUUAAACAUUAAAAAACAUUCUAUAAACUCUGAUAAUAAAUAAAACAUUUGACAGCCACUUGUAUUUGCCAAACUCUUGACAAUGCACGGCUCUCCGUUAGAGUAGCUGUUCUCUCGUGAAGGCCUUGGAGUGGCAGUUUACCCCUGUUUUGCCAAAGGGAAAUCUUUCUAUUAGAAACUUACUAUUUGCAGUCCGACCUGUAAAGGGUUUUCUAACCAAUGGAUCUUUCUUAAAACACCAAAUAUUAUUCAUAUGUCAUUAACAAUUUGAAAGGAGACAUGUCGUUUUAACCUUACCAGAAUCUUUCUAUUUAAAUGUGUAUGCAUUUGUCUCUUCACUGGCAUGGAGCUUAAGGUUUAUACACUGUAAAAAGUUAUGCUAGCUUGUGCAAAAAAAAAAAAAGAAAUAACAUUGUCGAAGCUUUUUGCAUCGCUUUUUGAGUAAACUCAACAGGGUUUAAAUUAUCGUAGAUAUUGCUAAAUCAUUUUGGAUUUACUUAAAACGUGCCAGCUGCUUCAUUUGUCAGAGUGAACUUGUGUAGGAAUGAAAAGCUUGCAGUAAUGUAGUUGUUUGCAUCAAAUUAGUUUGCUGCACAAAUUUGACAGAAGCUAACAUUUUUUUAAUUGAUGGGAAUAUAGUUAUUUUGCUACACCGGCUUUGUUGCAAUGCCUCUUUCAGUGUGUCUACCUUGACUUAUAAAGCUAGUCUGACUUGAAGCUAAUGGCAGAUUAACGACAGCUUUUCAAAGCCUCACCGUUUGGACCAAGCCUGGAAGCUAAACUCAACAAACAAAAUGUUAGCUGUGACUAGCAGGUUCGAGCUGCUAAGCUAACCUGGAUAAGAAUCAAAAUAGCGCUUUAGCUUAGCUUCCUUACUUGGUUUGGACAUUGGAGGUUUGAAGGGUCAAAGGUUAGCCAGGCCACCGCUGUAAAUAUAACACUAAGAGCAAGCAAGGAGUAGAAAGAUAAACUGUAGACUUUUUUUGAAGAAGCUAGCAGAGUUUUAGAUGAAGGAAAAGCAUUGCACUGGUUCUUGUCGCUUAUGUGAAACGGCUACUUUUAUGUUUCGUCGAAAACACUAAUGAAGUUGCUUCUGAUGUAAACAACAACAACAGAUUUUGUUUUUUGACUGAUGUACACAGUAAAAAUGUUGUACCUGAUGUAAAAAAAAAAAAAGAAAACAACGGUGGUGAACCAUUAACGAUGUUGCUUCUGAUGUAAAGAUUGAUGAUGCGUUUUCGUUGCCUCGUUCACUUCUUGACGGAUUGUCUGUCUGACGGGAAAAACUGUCUGUCCGAGGAAUAAAUGAAUGCAACAGCGAACGGACGGACGGACAAACAAAAGGAAAGACAAACACCCCUGCUGAUACGAGCUGAGCAACGUCAUGCUGAGAUGUUGUACUGUUGGAAAAAAUACAUUACCAGAGCUAUUCUCUACCCUUAAAGUAACAUUUAACAUUGUAGAAAGAUGAUUAUAACGGGAGGUUAUGAACAUUAAAAAAAAAAAAAAACAUGAAGUUACAGCCAUACAUUGAUUUCUGGGUCAGAGAGAUUGAAAUGGACUUCUCCUGCUCAGCAUGUGUAUUGUUAUUGUGUCUAUCUGUCCCUCUGUGUCUCUUCCCUCUUUCUCUGUCUCUCUGCUGCCAAAGCAACCGAAACCGGCAGCAAUCCUUUUCGUUCCGUCUUUUUCUCCCCUCCGUCUCCCUAUGCCAUGUUUUUCAUAUUUGGGAAUGUCAAUGUGCUAACUUGUUGACACUGUGCAUGAAUGAUAACAUGUCUGUAUAUAGUAUUAGAGAAUCGUAUCCCAUUCCCCUGGUGUUGACAACAAAAUGGUUCGAAUGUUGUACAGAUUCUGGUUUUCUGUUCAUCUUUGAUUCUGUUCGAUUACAUUUUGUCUUUUUUUCAAAUGUGUGUAGAUCUUAAAACAAUGUUUUUUAAUUUAAACAAAGAAGUAACUUGCACAUUAAUGUUUGAUUAACUAAUUAAGGGUGUUUUUUUGGUAAAAAGGCAAUAUCUGCUGUUAUUGAAUGAGAGAGGAGAUCUUAAAGGAGUUAUGUAUCUUAAAUAAAUAAUCUAUAAGAGAGUUGCAUGGGUUAUUUGUACAGAAAAAAGACACUGCUUGCUACUUCUACCAUAACUGUAUUCUCUAACAGAGGGUGAGGGAUACUGUGUGUACAUCUAAAGGUUAUUUUGUCAUUAAAGAAAUAAUAAUAAUAAUAAUAAUAAUAAUAGUGUGUAUAUACUGUACAGUGUUAUAAGUGAGGUGGACUAUAUGGCCACCACGCUAAGCGUAGAGAGUUAAAUCUACAUAUUUAUUUAAUGGAAACAAAAACACUCACUUCACUCAAGAAUGACAUAUAUUGCCUUUUUUGAAGAAGUUUGCUUAAAGUGUCUCUAUCACUCUUUCUUCUAUAUGUCUUUUUCCCCCAUUCCAUCUUUGUCUUUUAUUUUUAUAUUGGAGGGGCGGUUUAUAUUUCUCUGGCUUUUUCAUUUCUUCACGGUUUAUUCGGACUCAGCCAUUGUCACUUUUUCCAUUUGUCUGGCUGUUUGAUCCCUCUGACUCAACAUAUCUCAUCUGUCUUUUUACAUGUAUAUCCAUCUAUAGUUCAAAAGAAUAUGUCUCCAUCUGUUUGAUUCUCUCAAAGGAUCAUUUGUCUUGACUUGAGACACCAUCUGUCUGAUUCAGAACCGUCUGCCAUUUUAAAUCUGUUUCCUUAAUCCUGCACGUCUUUCUCCACCUCCACAUCCUUUUCUUCAUUUCUCUGUCCUUCUUCUCUUCUCUCGUGCGUAGUUGGGAUACUAAACGUUUGUUAAUUUGAUUUGGUUUAAAAAUGAAACAGUUAUAUUGUUGAUCAUAAUGAAGAUUUUUAUUUUUUAUUUCAAUGUUUUGAUUUCUUUUUCUCUCAUGAUUUGCCGCUGUCCUCUGUGUGCGCGUGUGUGUUGAUUUAGUUUAUUUCUAUUAAUUUUUGUUGAACACCAACUGAUCAGAAGAAAGUUGUUGUAUGUGUGUUGCCACUAACUGUGACUGCUCUUCAUGGUACUUCUGAUAAAACCAAUAAAAUAAAGUUUGGGAUACCCUGUUUCAGAGACCCUGCGACUCCACUGCC